GCUUCUCCUGUGUUAAAAAGUUACUGUAUCAGGAAAUGGAUUGGGACCAGUUUGACUUGAACCCUAAAGUAAUUGCUGCCCUUAAGAAAGCUGGCAUAAAAUCAGUGAAAGAGACUUUAAAUCUUUCUGAAGCAGACUUGCAAAGAUUGACGAAACUCUCCAGUGCAGAUAUACAGUAUUUACUGAAAACAGUCUCUCGCAUGGUGAGGAAAAAUAGUAUGAUUACAGCACUUCAGCUCUACCGAGACCAACACCACCUCACCUCCCAGCAGCAGAAGCUCAGCCUGGGCUGCUCGGUCCUGGAUGAGCUGUUAAAAGGUGGCAUCCCCUUGGUGGGAAUCACAGAACUGGCUGGAGAAAGUUCUGCUGGGAAGACUCAGAUCAGUUUGCAGCUGUGCCUGUGUGUGCAGUAUCCUUACAAAUAUGGUGGAUUAGAGUCUGGAGCAGUCUACAUUUGUACGGAAGACGCGUUCCCAAGCAAGCGACUACAGCAGCUCAUAGAUCAGCAGCAGAAGCUGCGGGCGGACGUUCCAGCUGAAAUCAUACAGAAAAUCAAAUUUGGAAACAGUAUUUUCAUUGAGCAUGCAGCAGACCUAGACACCUUCCACAACUGCAUCACCAAGAGGGUGUCUCUGCUGCUCACGCGAGGGAUGGUGCGGCUCGUGGUCAUCGACUCCAUCGCGGCUCUGUUCCGCUGCGAAUUCGGGGUCUCGGAUUCCGUGCUCAAGGCUCGGUACCUGCAGACGUUUGGAGCACAGCUGCACACUCUAAGCACUAAGUUCCGGGCUCCAAUAAUGUGCAUUAACCAGGUGACGGAUGCAGUGAGUGAACCAGAAGCUGCUCAGUGCAGCUGUAGUACAGCAGAUAACAGAGUUUAUCCAGCGCUUGGAAUAACCUGGGCAAAUCAACUGCUGAUGAGACUGAUGGUGAGCCGAGUGUCGCAGCCGGAGCAGUCGUCCGGAGCCGCGUUACAGCACGCUGGAGGUCUGAGGACUUUAAGAGUCGUCUUUGCUCCUCAUCUCCCUUCAUCCUUUUGCUACUAUACAGUAAAAUUGGAAGGUGUGAAAGGAAUAAAUCCAUUCCAUAGUAUGGCAUCCUGCUUCAAAAGUUGACAGAACUUCCUUUGCU